ACGACGGGUGUCCGGCUGGGGACCGCCCGGCUGGGGCCGGACCACCGCGGGGCUGGGGGAGAAACGCGCGCCGCUCGGGUCCGGACCCCCCGCCCGGCGGCGCGGAAUGGCACGGCCCGGCCCGAGUUAAAGCCGGGGGAGGCGGUACGUCCCGCCGCGGCGGCGGCGGCGGUGGCGCGAUGGGGCUGCGCGCGGGAGGAGCGCUGGGCAGGGCGGGCGCUGGCCCGGGGGCGCCCGAGGGUCCCGGACCCAGCGGCGGCGCGCACAACAGCAGCAUCCACUCGGGCUGCAUCGCCGCGGUGCACAACGUGCCGCUGAGCGUGCUCAUCCGGCCGCUGCCGUCUGUGCUGGACCCCGCCAAGGUGCAGAGCCUCGUGGACACGAUCCGGGAGGACCCAGACAGCGUGCCCCCCAUUGAUGUCCUCUGGAUCAAAGGGGCCCAGGGUGGUGACUACUUCUACUCCUUUGGGGGCUGCCACCGCUACGCGGCCUACCAGCAGCUACAGCGAGAGACCAUCCCUGCCAAGCUUGUCCAGUCCACCCUCUCUGACCUAAGGGUGUACCUGGGGGCAUCCACGCCAGACUUGCAGUAGCAGCCUCCUUGGCACCUGCUGCCACCUCCAAGAGCCCAGAAGACACACCUGGCCUCCAGCAGGCUGGACAUGCAGAAGGGUAAUUUUUGCACCUGGGGAAAGGGUCUGACUCUCACCCCCCUUGGCUAGCUGCAAGGCCUGGGACUCAUGCUGAACAGUGUGGGGGCCCCAGUUCCCACCUCUGUGAAAAUAGGGUCAUGGCCUCACCUUUGAUGGAUUAUUGAGAGGAUGAAAUGAGAAAGGAUUUGCAGAGCCACGUGCUGCUGGCUCCAAAUUCCCAAGAACAAGGAUCCUUCUGCGUUUUUGUUUCUCUGUACCCUAUUGUAUGGACUAUCUGCAGCUGCAAGAAAAGGAAAAUCUCAGUUGCAGUGGCUUAAACAGGUUGGUUUUUUCAACCUGGCAUGAAUUCUGGAGACAGGUGGCUAAUGGUGUUGGUUCAACAACUGAGCAAAGGUAGGGUUCACAUCUCUAAUUCUUUUGUCUUGCCCUCAUUGCUUGUUACUUCAUGAUCAUGAGGUGGCUGCUGUAUCUCCAGGAAUCAUGUCUGUGUUCAAAGAAGAAAGGACUAGUGAAAGAGGUAGGGCCAAGCUAGCUGGACCUGUCAACUUCUAUCAGAAAGUAAAACCUCUGUCAGAGGACUGUUUCCUGCUGUCUUCCCCUGCACACUUUCACUGAGGUCUCCUUGGCCUGAGCCAGCUGCCAUUGCCACCCCUAGUUGUAAAGAGAGCUAAGACAAACAGAACUGUCACAGUUGAGUAGACAAGUCAUGUUCUAUCUACUGAGACUGGCACACUGCCUCCUAAAAUAAAACCGGGAUCCCAUCACCAAAAGAGAAAUGAGGAGUUGUGUAUCAGGUAGCCUUUGUGGUGUAAAAAACCAUCCCAAAAUAUAGGCAUUAAAAACAAAUCAUUUAUUUGCCCAUGAUUCUGUGGGCUGGCAAUUUGGGCUGGGCUCAUCUGGGCAGUUCUGCUGGUCUUGCCCUGGGGUCCUUCAUUGGGCUACAGUCAGCUGCCACCCCAGCUGGGCCUGGAUGGUCCAGGAUAGCCUUACUCAUUUGUCCGGCAGGUGACAGGCUGCAAACUGGGGUCACUUGGUUCUCUUCCGUGUGGCUUCUCUAGCAGUCCAGCUCAGGCUCAUUCACGUUAUGGCUGCAGGGUUACAAAAGACUGAGAGUCGAAGCUGCAAGAUUUCUGGAGUUGUGGGCCUGGCACUGGGACAGUGUCACUUCUUUGGUCACAAGCAAAUCACAAGGCUCUGCCCAGAGUCAAGGGAUGGAAAUAGACUGUACCUCUUUACACCUGCUGAUGGGAGGAGCCAUGAAGAACUUGUGGCCAUUUCUCAUCUGUCACAAAUAAUUUUGGUUGGGCAAAUAACAGUAUUUUCCCCUCUGUCUCGUAGGGCCUCACUCUGCCCAGUCUGAAGCCACUGAGACAUUGUCCUGGCACUCAGGGUCUAGGGGAAGAGGCGAUAGGGCAGGAAUUGGGUCUCUGCAAGGGCUGGACCCACCCUAGUGGAGGUAUCUCAUUUUCUGCCUUGGCGGAAUGGGGGUAAGCUGGGGGAAUAUUCCAGAGAGGAUUCUGAAAACCAGGAGUCCUGGGAAAAAGGGAGAGGUAGAGGGAGGGUACAGAGUGCGGCGGGCCUUGUUCUCGCUGCCCUCCAAGGGAACUUGGUCACUUGGCAUUUUCAAGCCUCAGUUUCCCCAGCUCGAUAACAAGGACAGCAGCUUUCCCACUGAUUCUCUGUCCCAGGGAAAGAUGACUGAGGUGACCAAUAGUAGAACUGAAAAGGGACAUAGUCCCAAAUGUGAUGUGGUAUCCUGGAUUGGAUCGUGGAACAAAAACAACAUUAGUGGGGAAACCGGAAAUCUGAAUAAAGUCUGGAUUUCAGUUAAACAUAA